AUGGCCACAGCUGUGCACAAGCCUAUCAAAUGCCUGGGCGAGGAUUUCUACCGGGAGGCCAUCGAGCACUGCCGCAGCUACAAUGCCCGGCUGUGCGCGGAGCGGAGCAUGCGCCUGCCCUUCCUGGACUCGCAGACGGGAGUCGCGCAGAACAACUGCUACAUCUGGAUGGAGAAGACCCACCGGGGCCCAGGGCUCGCCCCAGGCCAGAUCUACACCUACCCAGCCCGCUGUUGGCGCAAGAAGCGGCGGCUGAACAUCCUGGAGGAUCCACGGCUGCGGCCGUGUGAGUUCAAGAUCGACUGUGAGCCCCCCCUAAAAAAGGAGGGGGGGCUGCCCGAGGGCCCGGUGCUGGAGGCCUUGCUCUGUGCCGAAGCCGGGGACAAGAAGCCGGAGCUGAAGGAGGAGGAGCUGGUCCUGGACUGCCCGAAGGCGCCGAUUGGGGAAUUCCUGCAUGACUUGGACACAGAUGACCUGGAGGAGGACGCGCCGCGCCGGAAGAACAAGGCCAAGAGCAAGGCGUAUGGGAUUGGUGGACUGCGGAAGAGGCAGGACGGGGUGUUGCUGGAGGACCGGGACAAGCCCUACGUCUGCGACAUUUGUGGGAAGCGCUACAAGAACCGCCCAGGGCUGAGCUAUCACUACACACACACACACCUGGCUGAGGAGGAGGGCGAGGAGGGACCCGAACGCCACACCCUGCCCUUCCACCGCAAGAACAACCACAAACAGUUUUACAAAGAGCUGAACUGGGUCCCAGAGAACCAGCGCAGGCACACAGCUAAGAAAGCUCCGGACGGCACAGUCAUACCAAACGGUUAUUGUGAUUUCUGUCUAGGCGGCUCCAAGAAGACCGGCUGCCCGGAGGAUCUCAUCUCCUGCGCAGACUGUGGGCGCUCCGGGCACCCCUCGUGCCUGCAGUUCACUGUGAACAUGACGGCGGCCGUGCGGACAUACCGGUGGCAGUGCAUCGAGUGCAAGAGCUGCAGCCUCUGCGGAACCUCCGAGAACGACGACCAGCUGCUCUUCUGCGAUGACUGUGACCGGGGCUACCACAUGUACUGCCUGAGCCCCCCCAUGGCCGAGCCCCCCGAAGGAAGCUGGAGCUGCGGCCUGUGCCUGCGACAGCUGAAGGAGAAGGCCUCCGCCUACAUCACCCUGACCUAG